ACUACUUUACUUAAAAAAGCGGAAAGAAAAAAUGAAACUUUACGCAAUUGUCUAUCUUGCUUCGUUAAUCAUCGCCGUCGUCCACGGCCGUGUGUCGCCGGAAAAUUUCCUCCGGUUACCGUCGGAGAAACCUGACUCUGGCGGUACUCGUUGGGCCGUCUUACUUGCUGGUUCUAACGGUUACUGGAAUUACCGUCAUCAGGCUGAUGUAUGCCAUGCAUAUCAAAUCUUGAAAAACGGUGGUAUUAAGGAUGAAAACAUUGUCGUUUUCAUGUAUGAUGACAUUGCAAAUAAUGAAGAGAACCCCAGGUCUGGAAUCAUUAUCAAUAGCCCGGAUGGUGAUGAUGUAUAUCAAGGAGUACCAAAGGAUUACACCGGGAAAGAUGUCACUGUUGACAACUUUUUUGCUGUUCUUCUUGGAAAUAAAACCGCGGUUAAAGGGGGAAGUGGAAAAGUUGUGAAUAGUGGUCCCAAUGAUCACAUAUUUGUAUACUAUUCUGAUCAUGGUGGUCCAGGUGUUCUCGGAAUGCCAACAAGUCCUUACAUGUAUGCGAAUGAUCUGAUUGAGGUUUUGAAGAAAAAGCAUGCUUCUGGAACAUACAAGAGCUUGGUAUUUUACCUCGAGGCAUGUGAGUCUGGAAGCAUUUUUGAGGGUCUUCUUCCUCAGGGUUUAAAUAUCUAUGCAACCACAGCAUCUGGUCCAGAUGAGAACAGCUGGGGUACUUACUGCCCCGGAGAGCAUCCUAGUCCACCCACGGAAUAUGAUACUUGCUUGGGUGACUUAUACAGUGUUGCAUGGAUGGAGGACAGUGAGGUACAUAAUCUGCAAACGGAAACAAUUAAGCAGCAAUAUCAUCUGGUUAAGGAAAGAACCUCAAACGGCAACGGUAAUUACGGUUCGCAUGUAAUGCAAUAUGGUGACUUGCAGCUUAGCAUGGAAGAACUUUACCUUUAUUUGGGUACAAACCCUGCAAACGAAAACUUCACUUACAUUGAUAGUAACUCCCUACGGCCAUCUUCAAAAGCUGUCAACCAGCGUGAUGCUGAUCUAUUACAUUUCUGGCACAAGUAUCAAAAGGCACCAGAAGGAUCUGCUAGAAAAAUUGAAUCCAGGAAACAGUUUGCUGAAGCAAUGGCUCAUAGAAUGCACAUUGACAGCAGUAUAAAACUCAUUGGAAAGGUUUUGUUUGGAAUAGAAAAGGGUUCUGAGGUGCUGGAUGCGAUUCGACCUGCAGGGCAACCUUUAGUUGAUAAUUGGGACUGUCUUAAAACAUUGGUGAGAACAUUUGAGACGCAUUGUGGAUCCCUAUCACAAUAUGGUAUGAAACAUAUGCGAUCCAUAGCUAAUUUUUGCAAUGCUGGGAUCACCAAGGAACAGAUGAUGGAAGCAUCAUCACAAGCAUGUCCUACCUUUCCAUUAAAUUCUUGGAGCUCACUUACCAACGGUUUCAGUGCAUAAAUGAUUUGAGUUCCGUUGACUGUUACACCCCCUAUAUUGUAGAAACUCCAUCUUUAACAACAUGCAUUUCCGUCUGGUGUGCGACUGUGCCCUAGGUUAGAAGUAACUAAGUAAGCCUCAAUAGUAGCUUUUGUGUAUAUAGAACAAUGAACGCAUCUGUAUGUAGCUUCAUGUACCCCUUUGUAUCUUUUACUCUGGAUUAUGUGUGGUUAUGUAGAUUUAUAUGAACUGCAAAAUUCACAUGAA